AUGGACCUGCUUCAAGGCAAGACAAGGGUUCGAAAGGCGGGGGCACAGCACAAAGGAGCAAAUUGGAGGUGGUCACCAAACAAGCGCUCUUGGACGUGGGGCAGCUUCGAGAAGUGCAUCAAGCUCGAGCGCGCCCAACAAGAGCCAGAUGCGGCGGUGACCAACAUUGCGAGCAUCACCACGACAAACGGCAUUGCGCAUCCUGGGCACUUGACGCGCUGGCCCUUUUUGCGUCACCUGCAAGUGACCCCUGGUGCCUUUGUGGCUGAAGAGACCCCUCAAGAUCCUCGUAUCGAAUUGUUCUGGGUGGAGGAUCUCACUGGCGGCGGUGAUCGCGAGCGCGAGCGCAGGACAUCCCAGCAGAGAUGCGCCACCAUGCUCCUCCAAGUCAAGGUUGUGCAUCUCUGCUGGGAUGUUGUGUGCUCACUAGGCUGGGAUGCGCUGGUCUGCUCCAACUGGGCAUCAGGGAGCAAGUCUACAACCCCCUUUCUGAUGGUCACUGUGGAUUUUGCGCUUUGGCUCACAAGGUGA